GCAUCGCACCUCGGGUCGCUUUCUUCUCCUGAAACACCGCGACAGACAUGCUUCGUGUAUCACGGUGUCCCAGGAGGACUCUCUCUCAUGGACCUCCUCCGCCUACGAGACGAAGGCGGCAGGGCCGUGUUCAAACUGACAGGAGAGUCUGCGGGUUCCAAACCUCUAAUUGAAGCUCUCAUGCCCGCCGAAGGCAUGCUCCAGGCAUGCGCGCACUGUGGAGUCUGGGAGUCGUACAUGGGACAUCGUUUCAUUGCCUGCGGCGCCUGCCGGGAACGCUACUACUGCUCAGCAACGUGCCGCGGUGAAGACCUGCGAGAUGAACUGCACGGUGCAGACUGUCCUCUGCUCCAACAGGGCAGGGAGCUCGAAGUUGAAUCUCGCCGGAACCUACAUGAUAACAUGUGGAACUUUAGGAAUAGGAAGAACCGCUCGACGCUCCUCAGUUCUGCACCCACCAGGUAUCCAGUGGCGCCAGGAAGCGAUCGUAAUUCGACAUCGCCACGCUUCUCGUACCCAUUUUGCGAGUGUCGCGCCUCAGCUGCGUGAGCGGAGCAACAUCUGGUAGGAUGGUCAUGGCCCCGCGUUCUCCACCAGUGUGCAAGAACCGGAUAUGUGGCAUAUCGUGACUGGAUGCAUGCACAUGUUGGAAACCACACUUUGCGUCAAAGAAGAACAUGAAGCAUAGCGCUUGUCGAGAAUUUUUGUAUUUCUUGGGAUAAUUCAAUGGAGGUGCUGCACGGUUCGGAUGGUGUUAGUAUCGUCUCCAUAUCAUGGAUUGUCGCGGAUGAACUUAGCCACG